GCCCAGCUGGCCGCCGCCGCCACGGUUGCCUCCUGCGCUAGGCCACCGCACCGCUUCCCGGCGCCCCGCCACCCCCACCCCCAGACCGGAAGACAGCGCGCCCGCAGCCCGUCGCCUCCCGGCUCUCCCAUGAUCGUCCAGUGCCUUUUGGCUGUGCGAGGCCUCCACAGAGUUGGUGGUUCCAGAAUUUUAUUCAGAAUGACUUUAGGAAGAGAAGAGAUGUCUCCCCUUCAGGCAAUGUCUUCCUAUAUGGCAGCUGGUAGGAAUGUUUUAAGAUGGGAUCUUUCACCAGAGCAAAUUAAAACAAGAACUGAGGAGCUCAUCUCGCAGACCAAACAGGUGUACGAUGCUAUUGGAAUGCUUGACAUUAAGGAGGUAACUUACGAGAACUGUUUGCAGGCACUGGCAGACGUAGAAGUGAAAUAUAUAGUGGAACGAACCAUGCUAGAUUUUCCCCAACAUGUCUCCUCUGACAAAGAAGUACGAGCUGCAAGUACAGAAGCAGACAAAAGACUGUCUCGUUUUGAUAUUGAGAUGAGCAUGAGACAAGAUAUCUUUCUGAGAAUUGUUCAUUUAAAGGAAACCUGUGAUCUGGAAAAGAUAAAGCCUGAAGCCAGACGAUACUUGGAAAAAUCCGUUAAAAUGGGCGAAAGGAAUGGGCUCCAUCUUCCAGAACAAGUACAAAGUGAAAUUAAAGCAAUGAAGAAGAGAAUGAGUGAGCUAUGUAUUGACUUUAACAAAAACCUCAACGAGGAUGAUACCUUCCUUGUAUUUUCCAAGGCUGAACUUGGUGGUCUUCCUGAUGAUUUCGUUAACAGUUUAGAAAAGACAGAUGGUGACAAGUAUAAAAUUACUUUAAAAUAUCCACACUAUUUUCCUGUCAUGAAGAAAUGUUGUGUACCUGAAACCAGAAAGAAGAUGGAAAUGGCUUUUAACACAAGAUGCAAAGAGGAGAACACUGCCAUCCUGCAGCAGCUACUCCCACUGCGGGCUGAAGUAGCCAAACUGCUUGGCUAUAGCACACAUGCUGACUUUGUCCUUGAGAUGAAUACUGCCAAGAGUACGAGGCAUGUAACAGCCUUUCUUGAUGAUUUAAGCCAGAAAUUAAAACCCUUGGGUGAAGCAGAACGAGAGUUCAUUUUGAACUUGAAGAAAAAGGAAUGUGAAGAGAGAGGUUUUGAAUACGAUGGGAAGAUCAAUGCCUGGGAUCUCCACUACUACAUGACUCAGACAGAAGAACUCAAGUACUCUGUAGACCAGGAGACCCUCAAGGAAUACUUCCCGAUUGAAGUGGUCACUGAAGGCUUACUGAACAUCUACCAGGAGUUGCUGGGACUUUCAUUUGAGCAAGUGACAGAUGCUCACGUUUGGAAUAAAAGUGUUACACUUUACACUGUGAAGGAUAAAGCUACAGGAGAAGUAUUAGGACAGUUCUACUUGGACCUCUAUCCAAGGGAAGGGAAGUACAACCACGCAGCCUGCUUUGGUCUCCAGCCUGGAUGCCUCCUGCCUGACGGGAGCCGCAUGAUGUCUGUGGCCGCCCUCGUGGUGAACUUCUCACAGCCACUAGCAGGUCGUCCCUCUCUCCUGAGACACGAUGAGGUGAGGACUUACUUCCAUGAAUUCGGUCAUGUCAUGCAUCAGAUUUGUGCACAGACUGACUUUGCACGAUUUAGUGGAACAAACGUGGAAACUGACUUCGUAGAGGUGCCAUCACAAAUGCUUGAAAACUGGGUGUGGGACGCGGAUUCCCUCCGAAGACUGUCUAAGCAUUAUAAACACGGAAGCCCUAUUACAGAUGAUCUGCUUGAAAAGCUUGUUGCUUCUAGACUGGUCAACACAGGUCUCCUGACCUUACGCCAGAUUGUUUUGAGCAAAGUUGAUCAGUCUCUCCACACCAACACCGCGCUGGAUGCUGCAAGUGAAUAUGCCAAAUACUGCACAGAAAUUUUAGGUGUUGCAGCUACUCCAGGCACAAACAUGCCAGCAACUUUUGGACAUUUGGCUGGGGGGUAUGAUGGCCAAUAUUAUGGAUAUCUUUGGAGUGAAGUGUUUUCCAUGGACAUGUUUUACAGCUGUUUUAAAAAAGAAGGGAUAAUGAAUCCUGAGGUUGGAAUGAAAUACAGAAAGCUGAUCCUGAAACCUGGGGGAUCUCUGGACGGCAUGGACAUGCUCCAAAAUUUCUUGACACGUGAGCCAAACCAAAAAGCGUUUCUAAUGAGCCGAGGCCUGCCUGCUCCGUGAACUGGGGCUCUUUGGGAUCCGUCCAUGUUUGGAGGACAAGCCAACAUCACCACGUGUUACUGGCUGGAAACUGAAGGGAGUUUUGCAAAUGAAAAUGUAGAUUUCUAUUAACUUCCUUUUGUUUUUUAAUUUGAAAAAUUAUACAGAUGUAAAUGGAAUUCUAAAUACUGUGACCUAAGAAAAGAUGCGUUAGAAAAUAAUUGAUUGUACUAUAAACUUUCAUAAAAAUGGAUGUGAUUUCUUUUUAUAAAAGUUUCAUAUGAAUGCAAUUUGAUUUUUUUACGAUUAUAAUCUAGAUAAUGUAAGAGGGCUAAGAAUUUUUUAAUUGAAUCAUAUACAUUAUCUGCUUUGAUCCUUCUUAUAUCUGAGUUUUGUACUUGGGAUUUCUCGGCUGAUAAAUGAAUCAUCACAUCCCUCUGAUAGAUAUUUUCUCAGAGCCUUGCAUCCACUUUAACUCUCUGUCUCCCAGUAAAGUGUGACCUCUUUGCCUGCAUACCUCCAGGCCAGGGGACUAUGCCUCGGUAAUUAAUGGAUGUAUCUUUGUAUUUCAGGCCUCAUGAUUUCCAACUUUCCACCACCUGUAAUUGGUUUAGUCUUUGUUGUCUGAUGUCCAGUCAGAGAGUACCAAAAAAUGAGUUUUAGCUGAAAUGGCCUAAUGUAUAUUAUGACUUUUAAUAUCUCACGUUAGAGUAUUUGAGAUCUUGGCUUCGGCACAUAAGAUCGUCAUAUUUACCAGUUAGAACACUAAAGCAAACCUAAGAUUCCUUUUCUCUUCUCGGGCUUCUAGUAAACAGCAAGGUCUCUGCCUCCUUUACUGUGCUCCUCGCCUGAAGUGACAGGUAAAUUGUUACAAAGGCCUAUCUCGAGUGCUGCAGGAAGAGAGCUGAACGGAAGCAUAAAAAGUCCAGAAGCCCCAGGAAGUGAGUGGAUUCUGCACAGGAGUCUGUGAAGACGGCCGCUCCAGCGGGACGUGUGCUUCAGCUCAGCCAUGGGGAGGGGGCUCCUCUGCGGCUUGUUUCAUCUGGUGAUUUUAAGUGCGCCUUUGGAGCGCUUUAGCUCUCUUUCCUGUGGGCCUAAAUUCCAAUUUGCAAACCAGGAAACUUACAUACUUACUUUUCCUCUAGGCGUCUACUCAAUGAGAAAACCAAAAUAGGAUAAUAAAAAAAUUUUUUUAAUUAAAAACUAACUUGGAAUGUAUGCAUUCUGCAUAGGGCUUCUAAUUGUUUCCCAGUGUGUACUGAGGUAUGACUCUGCUGGCCAGGGACAAAAUUAGAACCUUUCCAUUCUCUAAUCCAAAUGGACUUUGUGCUAAAUAAAAAGAUAUUAUGCUGCAUAGUCAAAUUAUAGACAGCAGGAAAAAUCAAGAGCUGUAGUGACAAAAGAAAAUUCAUAUUGUUAUUGUCGAGCAAAAUACCCUAAACAUCACAGGAAAUCCCACCCUCCCUUCUGAGACAAUUGCCUGGCCCUCUCGCCCCCAUAUUCAUCCCGUGUCAUCAUCUCCGGUCCUUAAAGCUGGUGUUUUUGUUUUGUUUUGGUUCUUUUUUUUUUUCGGUCUUAGCAACGUAUGGUACUUUUUUCAUAUCUUUGUUUCCCCAAACUGUUCUCUUUUCCAGUUUCAGGCAAAAACUCUCUUCAGCUUUUCUAUUGCCCAGUGUGUUUCCUUAACAACAGUAACUUUUAUCAUUUUCAAUCUUAUUUCAUGUGGAAAAACUAAUAUUUGGUAUGGAAACGUCUACACACAAUAAAAUUACAUUAUUAUCCAAGA